UGGAUGACCAUGGCGAGAUGCGAGUCGAUGCACAGAACUGGGCAGCAGCAGCGAUAGAGAGCAAAAGCGACGAAAAGGAGAUAUCAAGAGCUAUAAAGUCGAAGUUCGAGGUCAAGUACGGCCCAACAUGGCACUGUAUCGUUGGCACGGACUUCAAAGCUUUCGUCACGCACGAGAGCAAGCACUUCGUUUUCUUCUACCACGGGAAAAUGGCUUUCUGUCUGUACAAAGCCGGAUAGCCAUUGUCGGGGGAAACCAAAGUGAUCCGUGCGGUCACGGCCGGGGCAAGAGCUACAUUGCCGGGCGAGAGGGGCGGGAAGUUACUUGGGGGGGCUGCUUGCCUAAGCGCAAGGGUAUAAAUACGUCGCCCCUCCUUAGGACACCCGUGGUUUCGUCGCAACAUGUAUCCUUAUUCAGCCGGGGUAUAGUCCUUAAGACUCGUACCCCCCCCUAUGAUUGUACAUCCUGCGGAGCACCACCAUGCCUGUGUAAAAAAAACGUGUCUUCACCGAUGGCUGCACCGCUGUUACUCUUUUUGUAAAAGAAUAUUGGUGUGUUUGCGGCGUGUGUCCGGCCCAACCCUGGAUUUCGUUGCCGUGCUUCUUUGGCGGGUAGUACAAUAUGAUCCAUCCGGUCACAAUACAACGUCGAGAGCUUCCGACGUUUGGUUCAUUGCAGAGAUUUUCUGGCUUGGAAAGUUGUUUCAAGGCUUGCUUGAGCCUAUCCUGCUGUCUCUUUGAGUAGUCUCCAUUAUAUUCUUUCUUGGUUAUUGUUCUUGAAGCGGUAUGCGAAUCCCCACCCCUACAAUGCUUUCGUUCUGCAGCGAGAUGUAGAAGCAUUCGACGCAGGUCGUCGUCGGUGGGAGGGUACCGACGUGGACGAAAGCAGCCUGCGUGUUUGAAUA